AUUUCUCGCCAUAAAAUCUCGUACUUGUUCGUAUAUCCGGUUUCUACGCCAGUGUCGCGGACGCGUCGCGUGGCACGCGCGUCUACGCGAGAAACGCGUCCUUAUGCGUCGGGGUCCAAUAUUGCUGUUAUUGGUAAUAUUAGCCCGUGCUCGGCUGCAUCACAGCCGUUGGACAAUCAGUGGAUCUCGGGGAAUAACGAUCAAUCAAUGCAUUCAAGUGAUAAGGGAUAAGAUACCCCUUAUCCGGUUUAGCAUACAUACUGCAAGGUCAACAUUCCUGAGCGUGAAUGGGAAAAACAAAACAUUCGACAGCGAAUUCGGUGGCGGGGGUUCUUUCUUGUCUUUGUUGGUUUCAGUAUACAGAAUACUAGCUAGUUUAUUCUAUUUUCGGUCUGUCGAGUCUGUGCUGGGCCGUUUUGCCUUGCUUUGGGUGUGCAUUUGCCUUGGUGCACAGGACGUACGUGCCUUCACGAGGCUGUCUGAGAGAAAAGGUUGCAUUGCGUCUCGGGGAUUUCUGCCGUGUAAUCUACAGAGUACAUAUCGUACUUUGUGCGUUGGGUCAUCGACGACGAACUCUUAAAGACUGAUGCGAGGGGCUAGAAGGAACAGACGAAGCUCUGGCAAGCGUCGAGGCCACGACAACAGUGUAGA